AUGCCUCUGUGCAUGGCUUUCAUUGACUACAAAAAGGUAUUUGACUCAGUAUUCCAGCAAUCCAUAAUCAAUGCAUUGCUCAACCAAGGUGUAGACACUACAUACAUAAACUUACUACAAUCAAUAUAUGAAAAAACAAUGGUGACAAUUUGUCUUAAUGAACUUAAAGUGAAUUACUCUACUUUCCACCAGCAAGAAGGAAAUCGAUCAACUACUACAGAAUUUAUCCUUCUGGGAUUUGGCAAUCUCCUUGAACUGCGAAUAAUCCUCUUCAUAUUAUUUCUUCCAGUUUAUACUUUGUCCAUUGCUGGAAAUCUCCUAAUUAUUUCACUGGUUGUGAUUGACCAGCAUCUUCACAAUCCCAUGUAUUUUUUUCUUGUUAAUUUGUCUUGUUUGGAGACCUGUUACAUUUCAACUAUCCUGCCCAGGAUGCUAGCUAGUUUUAUAACUGGAGAUCAAUCUAUAUCAAUCUACGGAUGCAUCAUACAAUACUAUUUCUUUGGAUUUUUUGCAGCCACUGAAUGUUAUCUUCUGGCAAUGAUGUCUUAUGAUCGAUAUUUAGCAAUAUGCAAACCACUACAUUACAACAUUCUCAUGAAUAGUAGGCUCUGCCUCCAACUGGCCCUCACAUCUUGGAUAAGUGGCCUUUUGACCAACACUAUCAUAACCUCUUUUCUGCUGGAACUUACCUUCUGUGGACCCAAUGAAAUUGAUCAUUUCUUUUGUGAUAUAUAUCCAGUAGCAAACAUUUCAUGCAGCAAUACACGCUUAGUAAAGCUUGCUACAUUUAUUUUAGGCAUAAUGGGAACAGGGCCACCCUUUCUCAUAACAGUGGCCUCAUAUAUCUGUAUUCUUCAUAAUGUCUUGCAAAUUAAUUCUAAAACAGCACAACAGAAAGCCUUUUCCACAUGUUCAUCCCAUCUGAUUGUAGUGACACUUUUCUAUGGGUCAAUAUUUCUUGUCUAUAUAGUUCCAGAAAUUGAAACACUAAAAGAGCUACACAAAAUAUUUUCUAUAUUCUAUACUGUCCUGACUCCCAUGCUCAACCCUCUUAUCUACAGCUUGAGAAACAGAGAGGUGAAAGAAGCUCUCUUCAAAGUAAUCAGAAAACAUAGCAACAAAAUUUCAUAAUCUCAUAGUGCUAUAAAUGUUUUGGUGAAGAUCAGGAUAUUCAGAAAUGAUUUUUUCUACUUUCUAAAUAAAAUUAUCCUGAUCCACAUAUAUCCUUCAGUGAUGACCAGAUCAAAUGUAUGUAUGUAUGUAUGUGCAAAUACAUAUUUAAAU